AAGUCAAGAAGUUACUGACACCAUAAAAGGAUGCCAGCCAAUCUCUCUCUCAUGUUCACUAUCUAUCUGUUGCUUCUGUGUCAGUCCUUCAUUGGCUCUCUCUCUCUCUCUCUCUCUCUCUAUUUAUUUUCUCAAAGGAACUUUCUCUCUCUUCUUCUGCAAAGACUUGAUCUUUCUUUGUUCGAAAAACUGUCCUGGACAUGGAGUUGGUUCCAUAUUCAAGUGAACCAAAACCCAAACCAAGCUCCUCAACCCUUCCAUGGCAAGACAUGUUCCGAUCUGCAUCAGUAAGGAAGCCUUCUCCAGCACCAGGCAACAGCGACGCGCCUCCCAACCAACAUCACGCGCCACCCCAGACUCCAAACUCAACCGACCCAGAUCACAAAAACAGCCUCUCGGGUGAUCCCCAGGUACGGUUGGCUCUUUACAUAGCCAUGGCUCAUGCUGGCCUUGCCUUCACCAUAUUCAUUUUAUAUGCGAUUUGCAAGCUUUUGCAAGAGUAUUUUAGGCCAAUUCAGUGGGCUAUCUUGUGUUCGAUUCCUUUAAGAGGUAUACAAGAAACCCUUGUGGGAUUUUGGAGCGAACCUUUGAGACUAGGCCUCACUGAAACUGUUCUUGCUGUUCCUGUUGCUGUCUUCAAGGCUUUUAUAGGUACCCUUGUUGAUAUUAAGGAUGUCUGUUUGAGGGUGUUCCUUAAAAGACCAAAAUCUAAUCUUUCAAGGCGCAAGAGAAGUGGGUUUCCAAUGCUAGUUAGGUGGUUAGUAGCUUUCGCUGUGUUUGUGAUUGCCUAUGAGAGAAUUGGUGGUGUUGGGUCAUUAGGCAUAAUUGUGUUGGGGUUUGUGAUUAGUACUAAAAACAUAGAUGAUUCAUUGACUGCUGUUUCAUCAUUUAGGAGUAACAGUUUCAGGAGAAGUAGGAUGAGUGCGUAUUUCACUACUAGGAUACUUAAAAGAUUGGAUACUAUUGUGGCUAUUGGGCUGAUAAUUGGUUUAUUUGUGGGGUUCUUUGCUGGAGCUACAUUUUUCUCGUAUAAGAUCGGUGUUGAGGGAAAAGAUGCCGUGGUUUCGGUGAAAUCUCAUGUGGAAGAGAGUAACUAUGCUGAGAGGAUGGGUGUUAAAAGAUGGAUGGAAGAGAAUGAUGUCCCUGGAAUGGUGGAUAAGUACACUACUCAGUUCUAUGAAACAGUUUCCGAGCAGAUCGAUAACUUGGCAAUGCAGUAUAAUAUGACGGAGUUUGUGACCGGAAUUAAGCAUUUCGUCAUAACUUCAACCACCAGUUCAUCAGUACGAUCGACAGCUUUGAUGACCCCCUCUCCUUAUACGGAAAAGUUUUUGAGUUUGAGGAAGAGGGUUAGCAAUCGCGAGUGGGGGCAAAUUUACACCGAAGUCGAUGCGAUUUUCAGAGAAUUGAUAAUCACUCGGGAGGAUUUGGUGCAAAAGGCUAAAGGGUUUGCUGUUAAAGGGGCAGAUGUUUCGCAACGGGUGCUAGCAAGCAGUGCUUCUGUUUUAGGUGGAGGCGCGAAGAUCAUGUUCACCAUCGGCAAUUCCAUCCUCUACGGAGCUGCUGAGGUGUUCAAUUUUGUAUCUCAGUUGAUGGUGUUCUUUUGGGUUCUAUAUUACCUUAUCACAUCAGAAUCUGGUGGAGUAACAGAACAAGUAAUGUCUAUGAUUCCAAUAUCAAAACCGGCUAGGAUUAGAUGCGUGGAAGUUCUUGAUGAAGCUAUUUCUGGCGUGCUUUUGGCAACAGCUGAGAUUGCAUUCUUUCAAGGAUGUCUUACAUGGCUUAUGUUUAGACUGUUUGAAAUACACUUUGUGUAUAUGUCAACAGUGCUUGCUUUCAUCAGCCCCUUGUUGCCCAUCUUUCCACCUUGGUUUGCAACAAUUCCUGCAGCUAUAGAGCUAGUGCUUGAAAGUAGAUACAUAGUAGCUGUGGUCUUCUCCAUUAGUCACAUUGUACUUAUGGAUUAUGGUGCUACUGAAAUCCAGGAGAGCAUACCUGGUUACAGUGCCUACCUUACAGGGCUUAGCAUCAUUGGUGGAAUGACAUUGUUCCCUUCUGCAGUUGAGGGAGCAAUUAUGGGACCAUUGAUUACGACGGUUGUGAUCGCUUUGAAAGAUCUCUAUGUGGAAUUUGUUCUGGAAGAACCUAAGAAAAAAGACUAGAAGAACACACCAUACCCUUCAACGGGUUUGCUUCCAUGGUGGAGAGAGCUAAUGUAUAUUAGUACCACUGGUUUCCAACAACUUCAAACCACAAUUCUUUGCUACUUGAACAGUGCUUCAAUCUACAAGCUAUGUUUAUUACAUUUUUUUAUAUCCCUUUGAAAUCAGUGGCAAUGGUUAUGUAUCCUCGUGUUUGCUCAGAAAGAAAGCAAUAUCGUAUAUUCUUUGAUUCAGUAUUUAAACAUGUAAUAACUGGUGAAGCCAAUGUUUGAGUUCUGUAUUUAAACAAGUAAGAACUGGUGAAAGGCAAUAUUUGAGUUGAGAGAAAA